UUUUCCAAAAUAAAAAUAAAAUCCGAAACUUUUGUGAAUUAUCAACACUACCCUUAGAUUUCCCAUCCUGUUCGGUGUUUUCCCACGAGAUGAGGGCUAAUUUGGGAACUUCAUCUUCCGAAAAUGGAUAAUUUGAGAGCGGGACUUUCUCGUUUCUCCUGUUGGAAAUUCCAUGUUCUCUGACUCGAAAUCGUCGCUCUUGCUAAUCGGUCUCCGGAAAUUCAAAUUUUCUCGCAAAAAUUUCCGAAUUUGAGAGUGGGAAGGAAAGUGAAGGAAAAUGCAGUCUCUGAGCCUCAGGGCUUUCUCGGAUUUCUAUACUGGUAUGGGUAGGUCGUGGCCGAGACGGCGAGGGAGCUUCGGGUUCGCUGAUUUGGAGACGGGGACGAGAAGGCAAUGGCCGUGCGGGAUUGUCGCGUGUUCUUCGGUCAGGAAUGGCGGUGGUGGUGGAGGAGACAUUCACAGUUCGAGUUCGUUUCUUUCGCGGAGCCAAACUUAUGCUCUUUUGAAGCACCAAAUGGAGGUCGCUGCAAAAUCAGAGGAUUACAAAGAAGCUGCAAGAUUGCGCGAUUCAUUAAAAUCCUUUGAGGAAGAGGAGCCAGUUUUGCGCCUCCGAAGACUGAUGAAAGAGGCAGUGGCUGAUGAGAGGUUUGAGGAUGCAGCAAGAUACUGUGAUGAGCUUAAGGAAAUUGCACCACACUCUCUACUGAAAUGUUCAAGCGAUGCAACAACCUUGGGUAUCAGGGUUCAAGUUAGAAGCGUAUACAUUGAGGGCCGUAGUCAGCCUUCAAAGGGGCAGUACUUUUUUGCAUAUAGAAUAAGAAUUACAAAUAACUCAGAUCGUCCUGUUCAACUUCUCAGAAGGCAUUGGAUUAUCACCGAUGCCAAUGGAAGAAUUGAGAAUGUCUGGGGGAUUGGAGUAAUAGGUGAACAACCAGUUAUACUUCCUAAAACUGGUUUUGAAUACUCUUCGGCAUGCCCAUUAAGCACUGCCAGUGGGAGAAUGGAAGGUGAUUUUGAGAUGAAGCAUAUUGACAGAGUAGGCGCACAAACAUUCAAUGUGGCAAUUGCUCCCUUUUCUCUCUCAACACUUGGAGAUGGCAGUGAUACUCUUUGAGAUUUGAUCUUCAAUACUAUUUUUGCAAGGCACAAGUCUGUAAUGUAUAUUGUGUUAUUAUUCAAGUUGAAGGACCAAAAACUAUUUUACCGUCAGUGAAAAUAAAUGCUUUAGAGCAGAGUACUUGGUGAUGCAAAGUGUAAAAAUUGUGUAAGCGGGAAUACAGAGUUAAGGUUAUUGUCUAAUGUACAUUCAAUUGGUGAUAUAUGUUGUGAACUCUCGGAACAAAAUUGUAGGCGGAGAUGAAUGUAUAGGUUGCAAUACCGAAGAACAAAUUUUGUUUUUAUAUUUGCUGUUGGGAAACAUUGGCACUCAGAAUCUAUAAAGAUGCGGUGCUUUUAAACUU